AACGCCCGGACUCUAUUUCCCAGAGUCCCCCGGGUUUCCGCCUUACCAGGCUAUCUUUCCUCGAGGGUUGGAGAUUUCGGGGCCAAGAUGGCGACAGGAACGGGCAAACACAAGCUGCUGAGUACUGGCCCUACAGAACCAUGGUCCAUCCGAGAGAAGUUGUGUUUAGCAUCUUCAGUCAUGAGGAGUGGAGAUCAAAAUUGGGUAUCAGUUAGCAGAGCAAUCAAACCCUUUGCAGAACCUGGCCGCCCUCCAGACUGGUUCUCUCAAAAACAUUGUGCUUCCCAGUACUCCGAACUUCUAGAGACCACUGAGACCCCAAAACGGAAACGGGGUGAAAAGGGAGAAGUGGUGGAAACUGUUGAAGAUGUUAUUGUUCGGAAACUGACAGCCGAACGAGUUGAGGAACUAAAGAAAAUGAUAAAGGAAACCCAGGAAAAAUAUAGACGGCUGAAAAGAGAUGUAGACCUAAUUCAAGCUGGGCACAUGGACAGCAGACUGGAUGAGCUUUGCAAUGACAUUGCGAUGAAAAAGAAAUUGGAGGAAGAGGAGGCUGAGGUGAAGAGGAAGGCUACAGAUGCUGCAUAUCAGGCUCGUCAAGCAGUAAAAACACCCCCUCGGAGGUUACCUACUGUGAUGGUCCGCUCUCCAAUAGAUUCUGCCUCCCCAGGAAGUGAUUAUCCACUUGGGGACUUGGCCGCAACCACUAUGGAAGAGGCUACCUCUGGGGUAACCCCUGGGACUUUGCCGAGUACCCCAGUCACCUCGUUUCCUGGGAUUCCUGACACCCUUCCUCCAGGCUCUGCACCCUUAGAAGCCCCCAUGACCCCAGUAACAGAUGAUUCACCCCAGAAAAAGAUGCUUGGACAGAAAGCAACUCCACCCCCCUCCCCUCUGCUGUCAGAGCUCUUGAAGAAGGGCAGCCUCCUGCCUACUAGCCCCAGACUGGUAAAUGAGAGUGAAAUGGCUUCUGGUCACCUGAACAGUGCAGGUGUCCUCCUGGAGGUAGGCGGGGUCCUUCCCAUGAUACAUGGUGGGGAGAUGCAGCAAACCCCCAGCACUGUUGCAGCCUCCCCUGCUGCCUCAGGUGCUCCCACUCUUUCCCGGCUUUUAGAAGCUGGUCCUACACAGUUCACCACACCUCUUGCUUCCUUCACUACUGUUGCCAGUGAACCUCCAGUUAAACUUGUGCCACCCCCUGUAGAGUCUGUGUCCCAGGCUACCGUUGUCAUGAUGCCUGCGCUGCCAGCACCAUCCUCUGCUCCGGCUGUCUCCACUCCUGAGAGUGUAGCUCCAGUGAGUCAGCCUGAUACCUGUGUUCCCAUGGAGGCUGUGGGGGAUCCACAUACUGUGACUGUCUCCAUGGAUAGCAGUGAAAUCUCCAUGAUCAUCAAUUCUAUCAAAGAAGAAUGUUUCCGGUCAGGAGUAGCAGAGGCCUCUGGAGGAUCAAAGCCUCCCAGCAUAGAUGGGAAGGAAGAUUUAGAUUUGGCUGAGAAGAUGGAUAUUGCUGUGUCGUACACAGGGGAAGAGCUGGACUUUGAAACCGUUGGAGACAUCAUUGCCAUCAUUGAAGACAAGGUAGAUGAUCAUCCUGAAGUUCUGGAUGUGGCAGCAGUGGAAGCGGCACUGUCGUUCUGUGAAGAGAAUGAUGAUCCCCAGUCUCUGCCUGGCCCUUGGGAACACCCUAUUCAGCAGGAGCGAGACAAGCCAGUAGCUCUGCCUGCACCAGAGUUGACAGUCAAGCAAGAGAGGCUGGACUUUGAGGAAUCAGAAAACAAAGGGAUCCAUGAACUGGUGGACAUCAGGGAGCCCAGUGUUGAGAUCAAAAUGGAACCUACAGAACCAGAACAAGGCAUUUCAGGGGCUGAAAUAGUAGCUGGAGUUGUUCCAGGCACAAGCAUGGAGCCACCAGAACUCAGGAGUCAGGACUUAGACGAGGAACCUAGAAGUUCUGUACCUGGAGAGAUUGCUGAAGCAGAUGUUUCCAGUGGGAAAGGCGAUGAGACUCCACUUACAACUGUGAAGACUGAGGCAUCCCCGGAAAGCAUGCUGUCUCCAUCACAAGGCUCAAACCCCAUUGAAGACCCUCUAGAGGGAGAGUCUCAGCACAAAUUUGAAAUGUCAGACUCAUUGAAAGAAGAAUCAGGGACUAUUUUUGGAAGCCAGAUAAAGGAUGCCCCUGGUGAGGAUGAGGAGGAAGAUGGAGUCAGUGAAGUGGCCAGCCUAGAGGAGCCUAAGGAAGAAGAUCAAGGAGAAGGCUAUUUGUCAGAAAUGGAUAACGAACCCCCUGUGAGCGAGAGUGAUGAUGGCUUUAGCAUACACAAUGCUACGCUGCAGUCCCACACACUGGCAGACUCCAUCCCCAGCAGCCCUGCGUCUUCACAGUUUUCUGUCUGUAGUGAGGAUCAGGAGGCUAUUCAGGCACAGAAAAUUUGGAAGAAAGCCAUCAUGCUUGUAUGGAGAGCUGCAGCUAAUCAUAGGUAUGCCAAUGUCUUCCUGCAGCCUGUUACAGAUGACAUAGCACCUGGCUACCACAGCAUUGUGCAGAGACCUAUGGAUUUGUCAACUAUUAAGAAAAACAUUGAAAAUGGACUGAUCCGCAGCACAGCUGAAUUUCAGCGUGACAUUAUGCUGAUGUUCCAGAAUGCUGUAAUGUAUAAUAGCUCAGACCAUGAUGUCUAUCACAUGGCCGUAGAGAUGCAGCGAGAUGUCCUGGAGCAGAUCCAGCAAUUCCUGGCCACACAGUUGAUUAUGCAAACAUCUGAGUCUGGGAUCAGUGCUAAAAGUCUUCGAGGGAGAGAUUCUACCCGCAAACAGGAUGCUUCAGAGAAGGACAGUGUCCCCAUGGGCUCUCCCGCCUUCCUUCUCUCUCUCUUUGUAAGUAUUGAAUGGCUGCAAGCGGUGGUGUUGCCACAAAGAUUCUCAGCUCCUGCUGGGGGUGGGUGGCAGAGGGAGGUCCAACACGCAGACUAUGGCAAUGAACUUCUGUUUAUUCAGGUCAUUGAAUAAGAAACUUUCUCUUCUGCAUUUCUGUCUUUCUGCAUGUGUGUGUGUGUGGGCUGGGUAGGGACUUUUGACAAGUUCACUGGGCUGAAAUGAGGUAUUCUUGGUAAGGAUGUAGGAUGCACCCACUCUUUGUUUCUUGACUCCACCUUUUGCCAAUUCUUUUCUUACAAAUAGAAGAUUGUUCAGAGCAGCAGCAGCAAGCUGGCAUUUAAAAAGCGUGCCUCAUACUGGCAGAUACUCAGCACAUAGUUUUUUUUCUUUUCGCCUAACAUUAAGCUGCAAGACUGAUACCUGAUACACAAACACUCAGUAAAAUUUAAGAUAAAGGUCUCAAUAAAAAUGACCACUGCAUACAGUAGUGGCUGGUGGAAUUAGAGAUAAGCUUAGUAAAGCUAGCGAAAGACUUUUGUUCUUCCCUUCAUGAAUUGAACGACCCUCUCUGUGUUGUUCAUUAUGGGACACGGAGGCAUGAUAAAUGGAAGUGCUUCAGGCUAGAAAACCACAUGACCUUAAACCAACUGGAUUAUUUCAAGGACCUUUGUUUUCCUCAUCUUUGUGAUGAUGCUAAUACAAUGAGCUACCUGUCCAGCCUACCUCACAGGGAUGUUGUGAGGAUAAAAUGAGAUAAUUGGUAUGGAACUGGCUUGAAAAAAAAUUAAAGUGUUACACAAAUGUAAGGUGGUAUUUUUGUCCUUACUGUUGCCUCAUAGGCAACUUGUGUUUGUGAGCUCUAAAAGUUUUAGAGCUCUUGCAUGUAAGAAAUGUAAAAAUGGCCUGGCCCAGCAAAAAUGUUCACUAGUUCCUCUUGCCUACAGGCUUCAGCCUGUACCACAGACAGAACAGUAUAAUCUCCGUUCUUAUUGGCCUGCAACAGUGACUGGAAUCCCAAGCUAUUGGCUGGCUGUUGCAAAGCUGGUUAAUAGGACCUUUUAUCUAUUGAAGACAGCAAAGUGUUGCACAAGAGGAAGGAGCUGGGCUACAGGGAGAGAGCAGCAGAUGGAAAGAAGCCUUCUGAUUGUCCAGAUCUCAUGGAAAACAACUGUCAGGAGGUGCUAGGGAACUAGUGCCAGGGUCAGUCUGCAGGAAAGGCCUUUCUUAUAGGGACCAACAGCUGGACAGGUAUGUUAUUAGCCAAGAAUCUCACUAUCCACUACCCUUUCUGACUCCCACCUUUCUUUUACUCUUCCUAUUCCUUUGCACAUAAUUUGGGGGCUGGGUGGGAUGACUAAUAGUCGUUCUUUGGGACCCCAGGUGAACUCUAGUGACCUUUGUGGUGGGCAGGAACAAGGUACUCUGUACUACGUAUCCUCUCACAAAACUCCUACCAGGUGAUUUUUAGCACACUCUAUGGGAAGACAGAUAUAUGCCCCUCAUUUCCUGGAUUUUUCUGCUGAUUCCUCUCCCCCCAAAAAACCAAAUCCCCAACAUUCUUGUACCUUCUCUCUCACCUUUUAAACAACUCAUAUUUCCUUUCCUUGUCUGCCUAUC